AUGGAUGGGCAACCAAAAGUAAGCCGCCCGCCCAGCGGCAUUCCUCGAUUGGCUUCCAGAUUACCUCUACCUACCUCCACUGGUUCGAAAACCAUUCGCCCUUCCCCAUCGCGAGACCGAUUACAAGCGGAUCCAGGCUUAGAUGAGCGGCGACUGCGAAGACCCUCCUACGAGUCGUUGCUGAAGAAGCACACGACGCGCUACUCCCCCGCGAAGCCCUGCUCCGAAGCUCUUCCAAGCCAACAAGAGGAACUCCCAGAAGAAGAGAGCGCAUAUACUUUGGAUGAUGGAGGUUCGGCAGUGGGGGAUGAUGAGAUCGCGCCGGGUGAGGUCCGUGGUCGUACACGUCCCUCGCUAUCGGAUCGGACAAUCGAAACACUAGCGCAUAUACCCCCUUCGCCGGUUGGUGUAAGAAGGCAAUCCAGUUUCUUCAAUGGAGCUAGCCCAAUCCGAUCGCCUUCUCGAACACCGUCAAAUGUGUCAAGUUAUUCACGAUCUCCAUCACGAUCGUCAUCCAGUCAGACCAUCGGCAAUGACUUGUUAUCUCAACCGGUUUCUAAAUUGCGCCUCCCAUCCCGAUCUCGCAUGUCGAUGGCUUCAUCCUCAGAGAUAUCCACGGGGAGUACCGAUAACCUUGAUAGCCCUUCGAAGUUAAAACUACCUACCAAAAGGCGGAGUAUGGCGGCCUUGAAUACCGCGCCCGGGGGUAGUACGACACCGAAGAAGUCCAUCGCACCGCCCAAGAGCCCCCACGUGCGACCAUCCCCGAGCGCGGCUCCAAAGCCUUCCAAGUCAGAUAUGGGGCCCCCAGAACGGCCUCUUCAAGUCCGAAAAACCAGAAAACCCCAGACGGAAACUGCCUCUUCGCUAAGAUCUCCUUCGACUACCUCGCGAUAUGUGUCUGCCGCAUCUACCCUACAAGAUGAGUUGACCCCAGGGCAGCAAGCAGAUAACGAAACUAGAAAGACCUCCAAAUCAUCCAACACUUUGCGAGAAACCAUUGCAAAAGCGAAAGCUGCCCGUAAGGCGGCAGCAGUGUCUGAAAAGACAAAGGCGCCAGUUACGGAUACCACACCCGUUGAAUCAUGGGGUGAUCCGGAGCUUACUGAUCCUUUCAACCAAGUGCCUAAGGGCUCUAAUAACUUGGUCCUUCGCAAACGAGUAGAUGGUGCGCGCUCAUCUGGGACUUUGAACAUUGCAGCACUCUCUCUAAAUGAGAUACCAAAAGAAGUUAUGACCAUGUACGAUUUCGACCCUGAAGGUACAUCCAAUUGGUUUGAGAAUGUGGACUUGGUCAAGUUUAUUGCCGCUGACAAUGAAUUGUCUGAACUGCCUGACGCUGUCUUUCCCGACAUCGACCUUGAAGAUCUUGAUCCAGACAGUGAUGAGAAAGGCCCUCAAUUUGGUGGCAUUGAAACAUUAGACCUUCACGGAAACAUGCUUCGCUCUGUUCCAAUGGGACUUAGACGGUUACACAACCUGCGCUUUUUGAACCUCUCGAACAAUGCCUUGGGCAUUGACCAAAUUGAUACCAUCGCAGAGAUCGUCUCUUUAGUUGACCUGAGAUUGGCAAAUAACAAAUUGGAGGGAUCAUUGCCGUCGGCUUUGGGUCGUCUUCAGAAGUUGGAAUCAUUGGAUUUACGCGGGAAUGCUUUGACUAAACUGCCGAAAGAAAUAGGCGAGUUGAAGUACCUCAAAUCAUUGGACGUUGGUGACAAUCAAUUAUCAUCUCUACCCUUUGAGGAAUUGAGCAAGGUCCCACUGAACAUUCUAAACGCCCCCAAGAACAGACUGAGUGGUACCCUGAUACCCGAAUCUGUGAAUCAACUUGAAAAGUUGCAGUCAUUAAAUAUUGCAAACAACUCUGUCGAGAUUUUUGCUGCCAGCAAUAUGCUUUCUUUACCCAGCUUGCACAGUUUGUUUAUCAGUGUGAACCGCAUCUCAAGCCUACCCUCCCUAUCAUCAUGGCAAUCUUUAUUGGUUCUUACUGCAGAUGAAAACAGGCUCACAGAGCUUCCCGCUGGUUUUGUAGACUUGAAGAACCUCAAGACCGUGGACUUCACUGGCAAUAACCUUACACGCCUGGAUGAGAAAAUUGGAUUCAUGGACAAGCUAUCGUCCUUCCGAAUUGCCAACAACCCACUUCGCGAGCGCAAGCUUCUCAGUAUGGAUACAGAGGAUAUUAAAAUGGACAUGCGUAAUCGAAGCGAGCCUGAUCCUCAAGAUACAGAUGACGAGGGAUCUGUGGCAACUCAGUUUACGCUCGCUCCAGAAACCCCAGCACUAGAAAGUGGCUGGAAAGUCAAGCCUGGCGGCGUUCUUGACCGAUCUUAUUCAGACCUGACAGACCUAGAAACAGACAAACUGGAAUUGAUCAAUGCAGAGGAUGUGCGCAGUCUUUAUAUACAACACAAUGACCUGCGCUUCUUCCCUGUUCCAGCCCUUACAAUGCUUGCCCAGAGCUUGGUUGAUCUCGAUCUUUCGCACAACUCCAUGGACAGUACUCAACUACUAUCUUCAUCACUCGACAUGCCUAGAUUGCAGACCCUCAAUAUCAGCGCCACGGCAUUAACAACGCUGGAGCCUCUUCUCACAAAUCUCAAAGCCCCAUCACUUACAUUCCUCGACGUUUCCAAUAACAAACUCACCGGAAACCUUCCGCACAUGCGCGAAACAUACCCAGAGCUUAAGACUCUUCUAGCCUCUGAUAAUCAAAUCUCUCAACUAGAAUACGAAGCAGUACAAGGCCUUCAAAUUUUGGAUGUCAGCAACAAUGAUAUUGAUUCACUGCCUUCAAAAAUAGGGUUAUUGGGCUCUGAGCGCUCCCCGAAAAAUUGGGGCACUGGAUCGGCCUUGCGACGCUUUGAAGUUGCUGGAAAUCGGUUUCGCGUACCGCGAUGGCAGACGGUUGCUAAAGGCACUGAUGCUGUGCUGGAGUUCUUACGUGAGCGUAUCGCGGUGGAUGACCUGCCUGAAUGGGAACGUGAACACGAGGGUGUUGAUGAGUAUUGA